AUGCGUCUUCAGCAAUUCUGCGCGAUUGUGUGCACCAGCCUCUGCUUCAAUCGUCUCGCAGCAGCCCUCAGCAUCCUGGUGCUCAAUCCGUCUCCGUAUGGAUCGAGUAUCUCGACCGCUUUCCACCAGGCGCUGAGUGCAAACCACAAGGUGAUUUCGGUCUCGCCGCUUCACCUCACUUCCCCCACCGAGAACGAAGUUACCAUCGACACCACGCCUAUUAAUGAUGCUGACCUCAAAGAUUUCUUAGACGAGCAGGAAUUCGACCUGAACGACCUGCUCGGCCUCCAGGUCGGUGAGAGAUUUUACGGAUCCAAGCAGGAUGACAGAUGGUACGUGAAGGGCUCUGUGAUGGGCACUGCGCUCUUUACGCUCGACUAUCUGCUUCCACAUCACUACACGGAGAUGUCGUCCAUUGAUUUAAUCAUCGUCGCGUCGGCGGGCCAUCUAGUGGACGGCCUGUACCGGCAACAGACGUACGUGGACCUAAACGUCAUGAGACUCGCGCAGACCAGAAACAUCCCCGUUUUCAACGUCAACAGCAACGAGGACUGGGACAUGAUCGUUGCCGGUCCUUUGGACGAGCAAAACUCGGACGAGGCAAGCGAGCUUUUGGCCUUGUACCUGCAGAGAAUUGAGGCGCUGGUCGCACAGCUGACGCAAGACUCCAGUUAUGGCAAGCAUAACUUCCAUACUGCGCGCUCGCUUCAAAGAUCGCCCAAACUGAGACAGUACUUCGAACACGAGAGACGGAACGAUAACCCCAGAUUGCUGCCUAAUGGUGUGGGGCUCAACAUCAAUCUGCGCGCGGAGGCCUCGUGCAUGGACACAAACAGGGACUUCAGCUUCAUCGAAACCCGCACAAUUGGUGGAUAUAACAAGGUUCCGUCGUUGAGUUAUGAUGAAACCAGGGGUGUGGCCAAGAUCGACUCUGUCUACAGUAUCGACAACGAUCUUCCGCGGAACAAGGACAAAUUCCUAAGCGAGAUGAGUGUGGACAACGGCGACUGCCUGAUCACCAUCACGCCGAUCAGUUGGUCUGGAGGAGAUUUCGAGACCUACAAUAUUCUUGGGAACGUUGUCCAACAAUUGAACGCGGACCACCCGGAAGACGGCCCAAAGCUUGUCCAGCAAAUUAAUGAUAGUAAAUAA